UUAAGUAUAUAUAUUACACUAUGUAUUAUGUAUAUUGUAUAUUAUGUACAGCGGCUACAAGAAGACGUAGUUACAAAUCAUGACGGCACAUUUUUUAUAUCUAAAAAGGUUUUUUAAAUCUUUUUGCUUCAUAUUAGUUCAUAAGCAUAUAAACAUUAUAAACAUAUUGGUGCACCUGUCCGGUUGAAGAUAAGUUAUCAGUUAUCUAUAUGACCUAUCAUAAUAUUCAUAAUACAAUUUUAGUAAUUUUACUAUAUCGUUACACUGUUACAGUUCAGAAAAUGUAAGUUAAAAUAACUGAAUUAAAAAUUAAAAUGUCUAUUGUCCAUUAUUCAGCUCAUUUCCUAUUUUCCUCUCGAUUAACAGUUUCUGGUGAUCGAGUUUAUUAGACGAAAACAUUAAAAUUUACUCGAUAAUCAUGAACACCACGAUAACACUAUAAUUUUGAAGUGUCAGGAUACCACUUGUACAAAUAACAUCAUAGGUGACCAUAGAAAAUGAAGAUAGAACAUCUUCAUUUUGUUCAGUGGACUUACGAAAUCAUCAUAUGGCUUUUAUAAACGAUUUUGAUUUUUGUUUCACGAUGCAAACAGUAUCUAAACUACCAAUUAAGUGUAUUGUUAACAUGUGAUAGCCAGUCAGGACGUGUAGACGACUAAAAAUGGUAGGCACAAACACCAAGGAUGAAGAAACUCUAGUUGAAGACUCAUCAAUUAUCACGUCAUUUUCAAAAAUUAGUACAGCUCUCUUCUAUGCCGCUGCAUCUAUGUUGAUCACUGUAGUAAAUAAAUCUGUACUUACCAGUUAUGGAUUUCCGUCCUUCCAGUUUCUAGCCAUUUGCCAAAUGUUUAUGACAAUUUUUGUACUGUUUAUAGCCAAGAGUCUUGGAAAACUGAAAUUUCCAGAUUUAAAUAGACACACAUUUAAAGAUACAUUUCCAAUGCCUUUGAUAUAUUUAGGUAAUAUGGAGUUUGGUUUAGGUGGAACCAAAGAAUUAAGCUUGCCAAUGUUCACCAUGUUAAGACGUUUCUCCAUACUGAUAACCAUGUUGGGUGAAUACUAUUUGCUCAACAUUAGGCCCAAGUUUUCUGUCAAGAUAUCGGUUGGCAUGAUGGUAUCUGGUGCAAUUAUAGCAGCAAGUAACGACUUGGGAUUCAAUUUAAAUGGAUACAUGUUUGUACUGUUUAAUGAUUUCCUGACUGCCGCAAAUGGAGUAUUUACAAAGAAAAAAUUGAACUCCAAAAAAGAAAUGGGCAAAUAUGGACUUAUGUAUUAUUCAUCUUUGUUCAUGAUACCGCCCGCUUUAAUAUUGCUGUAUUUUUCGGGUGAUCUAGACAAAGUAUACAGGUUCAGUUAUUGGUUGCAUAUACCAUUUUUAAUCCAAAUUUUCAUCUCAUCUAUAAUGGGCUUUAUUUUAAAUUAUAGCAUAAUGUUAUGUACUCAAUACAAUUCAGCUCUGACAACAACAAUUAUCGGAUGUCUUAAAAAUAUAUUUGUUACUUAUAUGGGUAUGUUUAUUGGUGGUGACUAUGUGUACACAUUGAAUAAUUUCAUUGGUAUCAAUAUCAGUGUUAUUGGUAGUCUAUUUUAUACUUAUGUUACAUUUAGACCAUCCACACCAUCUCAAAUUAAGUUGCCAAAUACUAUAAGUGUAUAAAACUUUGUUCUAUACAAUACUAUGUGAAUUAUAUCAAAUUAAAUUUAUUAAUUUUAAAACUAGUUACCCUUUAAAUUAUAGUAUUUUAUUUUUCAACGUGUAUUUUAUUUAUAUGAGAACAAUAUGUUUGUUAC